AUGGCUGUAAUAACAUUGAGUAUUAUUCUCACCUCCAUUGUUGUAGCUGCAUCCAUAACAUGGGCAGUGAAAUUACUAAAUUGGGUCUGGUUUAGGCCAAGAAAGCUCGAGAAAAUUCUAAGGCAGCAAGGUCUAAACGGGAAUCCUUACAGGCCGUUUCUCGGAGACCUAGGAGACAUGAUCAAAUUCAUGAAAGCCGAACAGCCCAAAACAAUCGAAUUGUUCGAUGACAUCUUGCCCCACAUUUUCGCAUAUUACCAUCAAAUCGUCACCAAGUACGGUGAGAAUUCUUUCAUAUGGUUUGGUCCAUGGCCAAGAUUAAAUGUAAGUGAUCCAGAGCUAAUAAAGGAGAUACUAAGCAAACCUGAUAUAUUUCACAAGCCCCUUCCGGAAACAGCCAAGAUACUUAUCGGAGGUAUGCUAUUACUCGAGGGCGAUAAAUGGUCGAAACACAGAAAGAUUGUCACUCCUGCUUUCCAUCUUGAGAAAUUGAAGGCAAAUGUACUGCAGAAGAUGAAUUUGAAAACUAAAGUGACGCUUGCUUGUUUUUUUAAUGAAGCCAAUUUUUAG